CACAUGCUUUAGAAGCCGGCGCCUCCUUACCGGCAUUUCAGUUUUGUCCCAGAAAGGGGGAACUCCACAUUAGUAAUAUUUAUUUAUUUAUUUAUUUAAGCUUUUUUUCUCCCUCCGGACGGAACCAUGCUCGGUCUGUGCCUUUACGUGCCGGUGUCUAACUCGGAUCCGGUUGAGGUGGAAUACUUUGAGUCGAACGGGCUGCCGUCCGAGCUGAAGUCUCUCUUUAACAAACUUAGCGUCUUCCUGCCGUCUCAGGAGUUCACCACCUAUCGAAAAUGGAGAAAGAAAACCUUGCAAAGGGAAGAAAACGAAGUUGAUGCGCAGCUGGACUUUGAAGAGUUUGUCCACUACCUGCAGGAUUAUGAGAAGGACCUGAAGCUGGUGGUGACGAGUGUUGAUAAGAAGAAUGCAGGUCGCAUUGAUCCCAGAGACUUCAUUCAGUCUCUUUCUGACCUUGGGGUGCACAUUUCCCCUCAACAUGCAGAGAAGGCCCUUAAGAGCAUGGACAAGAAUGGAAUGAUAACCAUCAGCAGUAAAGAUUGGAGCAAAUACCCGGUUAUGGAAAAGACGGACAGCAUUCCUGAGAUCAUCCUCUACUGGAAACACUCUACGAUAUUUGAUGUGGGGGAGAACUUGAUGGUCCCUGAUGAGUUCACCAUCGAGGAGAAGCAGACUGGUAUGUGGUGGAGGCACCUGGUUGCAGGUGGAGGAGCUGGAGCGGUUUCCAGGACCUGCACGGCGCCUCUGGACCGGCUCAAAGUCAUGAUGCAGGUUUAUGGCUCCAGAACCAACAACAUGUGCAUCAUGAGCGGCCUGAUGCAGAUGAUCAAAGAGGGCGGUACCAGAUCCUUGUGGCGAGGUAACGGGGUGAACAUCAUCAAAAUCGCCCCCGAGUCUGCGCUGAAGUUCAUGGCAUAUGAGCAGAUUAAGCGGCUCAUUGGGAAUGAAAAGGAGACGCUCAGCAUCUUGGAGCGCUUCGUGGCAGGUUCUUUGGCUGGAGUGAUGGCUCAGAGCGCCAUCUACCCCAUGGAGGUUCUGAAAACUCGUCUGGCUCUGAGAAAGUCGGGUCAAUACUCUGGCAUCUCGGACUGUGCAAAGCAGAUCUUCAGACGGGAGGGGCUUGGAGCUUUUUAUAAAGGCUACAUCCCAAACAUGCUGGGCAUCAUUCCAUACGCGGGCAUCGACCUGGCUGUGUACGAGACGCUGAAGAACACCUACCUCCAGCAGCACGGCACCAACAGUGCCGACCCGGGCGUCCUGGUCCUGCUGGCGUGCGGCACCGUAUCCAGCACCUGCGGGCAGCUCGCGAGCUACCCGCUGGCUCUGAUCCGGACCCGUAUGCAGGCACAAGCGGUGACUGAGAGCCAAACGCAGCUGACCAUGACCGGGAUCUUCAGGCAGAUCCUGCAGAACGAGGGCCCGGUGGGUCUCUACAGAGGCCUGGCCCCCAACUUUCUCAAAGUCAUCCCCGCCGUCAGCAUCAGCUACGUGGUGUACGAGCAUCUGAAGACUCAGCUGGGAGUGACGUCGCGCUGAAACCCACAGUCACAUGACUCCUUCCCCCCACCACUACCCCGCUCCCCCCUGGGGCCCGCUCAGGAAUCCGGGGAGGUUUUUGGGUUUGUGUAGCCGUCUCAUUCUGUGAAUGUCAGCUGAUGUAAGAUGAGGAAAGUCCAAAGAGGAAGACGUGGACUCUGUGAGCUCAGGUCAUCAGGACUGACUGCUGCUAUUUAUGCUUAAAGACGAGCUGCCAUGACUCUGACUGAACGGAAACUCAGGACCAAACGCUUAACUUCUAGAGGGAAAUGUCUCGUAUGCCGUUGUAGCACAGAAAGAGCCUCCAGAGAGAAAUGAUUGUUUCAUUAAUGGGAGAAUUUUGCACAAAACUUUUUUUCUCCAUCAUUCUGAGUGAAAGCAGGAUCUUGUUUUCAUCCAUGUUGUUUCUGCAGUAUGCUGCGCCGUAUUUAUUUAUAGAAACUGGAGUCUUGUAUGAAACGCAGAGUGCUGCUCCGUGUGAAGGACCGCCUUAGCAUCUGAACACUAAAUGUGAUGAACUGAUGUUCAGAGUGUGAACUGAUGCUCUCAUCAGUGUCUUACGUGUCAUCCGUGAAUACUGAAGACCACGUACUUAAAGCUGGAGUUUGGGGGAAAACUAUGCACUUUAAUUGAUGAUCAGCCUUUAAUAGUGUACCAGUCAGGGAAGAAAAUGUUCUUUUGCAAAGACUUUUAGUACUAUUUUAAUGGACCAUUCUAAAGCAAAUAAAUGCAAUUUCACAUUAAAA